CUGGGUUGUCGGCUGUGGGGUGUAUAAAUUCGGACCUGUUCUGCGCCUUUUCUCAGUUCAGGUAGCGCUCAGACUGCGAGGCUGCUCAGUUUAAAGUGUGUGACUGAGAACGUGGUUUUGUACUUGUAGAAGUUUUAAACUUUGUUUAGGGUAUCUACAGUGCCUAUUCUCAGUUCGCAGGUAGUUUAAAAGACUGCGAGGCUGCUUUUAAAAGUUUGUGGCUGAGAGAGCGAAAUUUACAGCUGUUUUGUAUUAGAGUUGCCAAACUUAGUUUGAUAAUGUUGUUGCGGAUGAGGUGGUGCGUUGUGGCAGUCGUGUUUGGAGUGUGUUUGGCGGAAGGCGCGUGGUCAGUUGGGCGGAGACCUCGGGAGCGACCUCGGGAGCAACCUCGGGAGGAGUCGCAGGAUCUUCCCGAGGUCCCAGCGGUCGUCAUGGAGACCGUCCUAGGUGGUUACCAUGGUAACUUGAGGCCUGUCUUCAGAGGCGAUCCAGAGACGCGUGUGAAGGACAAGUAUAUUGUAAUGCUGAAAGGCGGAGCUACUCGGACUACCCUGGACAGGGUGAUUCAACAAUUUCAGGCAAAGGUAGAUCUCGUGUCCAGGGUAGCCAAGCGACUCGGUGUUCAGCUCGACUUCGGCGAGAUCAGUGACGUCAUGGACCAACUGCUCAUGGUGAUCGUUGCUAGGUUACCAGUCGUGGGGCUGACGAUCAUGCGGACGUUACGUGACGUAGACUUUAUCGAGGAGGUUCAAACCGUGGCCAUGUGCUCGGAAGAAUGGCAUCUGGACCGGCUGGACCAGACAACACUGCCGCUGGAUCGGAGGCAAUUCCGCCGCAACGGUGAAGGUAGCGAUGUUGACGUGUAUGUCUUGGAUUCCGGAAUCCGGUACAGCCAUCAGGAGUUCGAGGGCCGAGUCAGCUGGUCCGGAUACGACGCCUUCGAUCCGGACGGAACAAACCAGGGUGCGGAUGAGAACGGACACGGCACGCACGUGGCAGCGCUGGUGGGCGGGCGGCGGUACGGAGUGGCGGGCGGGGCGCGGCUGAGGAGCGUGCGGGUGCUGGACGAUCUCGGGAGGGGCGACUCCAGCACCAUCCUUCUCGGCAUCAACCACGUCGCCAAACAGGUGAAAAAGAACCCAGCGGGGAGGCGGUCUGUCGUCGUCAUGUCUCUUCGAGGCCCUCGAACUGCGUCCAACGCCUCCACCCUGAACCAGAUGGCCCGGGAACUGGUGGUGGGGACCGGCGUGCCUGUGGUGGCAGCAGCCGGGAACGACCGCCAGGACGCUUGCAAGUACGUACCGGCCAGCGAGGACGAGGUGAUCACAGUUGGCGGCACCAGCCCGGCAGACGGCACGUACCGCGGGACUAACUACGGCCGGUGCGUGGGCAUCCUGGCCCCAGCGACCCGCGUGAGAAGUGCAGGCGCCAGGUGUGACACCUGCUCAAGAGUCCGCAGCGGGACCUCUUUUGCUGCUCCACUUGUUGCAGGUGCCGUGGUCGCCAUGUUGGACUCGGACCCCAGCCUGACGCCUGCGCAGAUCAGGAUGAAGCUGCUGCAGACCGCGGUGAAUGACGGGAUAGAUCUGAGUGACGUGCCGGCAGACGCGCGGCUCCAGACCCCCAACAAGCUGCUCCACAUCCCAGACCGGGCCGCCUUCCAGCCUGGAGUGACUCCGGCCUGCCGAACGGUCUGGUCCAUUAAGUCCGGAGGGGGGGACGGGGACCCGGCGUCUGCCGCCUGCAACGUCAACGAGACUAUUAUGGGAUGUUCGUCCCUGGCUGCUGAAGGUGAUAUGAGGGCAGGAGAGUUUAACACGGACUUGCCCGGUGGCAGGCAGGCUUGCGUGGCUGUGAAUGGCGCAGGUGGAACAGGUGUGUACGCCGCCGCCAGGUGUUGCACCUGGCCAGGUGCGCGCUGCUACCUGAGGGAGUCCCGGAAAUCUUCACGUCGUGACGCUGUGGAGGUGAAGGCCAAGUGCGACAGGACGGUGUUGUCAUGCGACAUGCUUGUAGGGUGCAGUGCCCGAACGGAGACCGGUUACACAGACGGCGCCCGGCCGGAAAGGUCCCGGCUCUUCGGGCUGUUUCCGUCCGCGCUCCGGAAGUGCGCGGCACAAAACGGACAGGGCGGAAGUGACGUCACGGCGCACGCCACCUGCUGCAAGUCACGUGACAUGAACUGCCAGGCCAUCUGGUCAGAGCAGGCAAAGAGAGGAGAAAAUCAGGUUGCUGUCACCUGUCCUUCAGACACCGUGUUGACCGGCUGUAAUGUGCACGUGAACGACGGUCGAGCGGAGGGUGCCUAUCCCGUGGACAACAAGUGUAUGGCACGUGGCCAGGGCGUGAAGGCUGUUGCAAUAUGCUGCAAGAGAAAAAGGGGACUUUUCUAAGUGCACUUUUUGACGUUUUUUUGGAAAGGAAUAUCAUCAUUUCAUUUCUGUAUGUGCGAAGUCACUACUACCUCUUGAAUAGUGUUGUUGGAAAGUGCCAUUCCAAAGCCAAGAUGUCAUUCUUGUCAGAUAAAGUAGGUUUAAACCUCCUUGGUCAAAUAAUAUCAUCUUUAAUAUGAGAUUUGUUCAAUGGAAGGACGCCAAAUGAAACAUUUAAUGUUGAGACAUUUAUUCAUUUAGCCUAAUUAUUAUACCUGUUACAUUCUCGCAUCAAUACCACUAAGCAUCACUAUCGAAAUAUCAGAUAUAUCAAUAUGCGAGCCUUGUCUAGUGGACAGGUGGCUGUUUAUUAGCGCCUCCUUUCGAUCUCUAGUGGAUGUGCACUUACUCUCUAAUUUUACAGUUUUAUAAAAUCUAUAUCCA